UUCCAUCAUCUCCAGGCCCCAUCAUCAAUCUUUAAGAACAGAGUGCUGAGUACUAUUCGGUUGUUUAGUGGGCUGGACAAGCCACAGGAAACAGAUCCCAUCUCUCCAGGCCUCAGCCUUAAUAUUUCCCGCAACUCUCUCUCUAACAAUUGAAAGUCGGUUAGGAGUGAUGAUAGAUUCUGACUGAAAAGGUCACUGUUCUUUUCCAUGGAUACUUGUUGCCUACCGGUCAGCAUUCAGGAUUGAAAAUGAAGUAGAUGCUUACCCUGAAGAUUCCAAGACCAACAUCAUCACAUCACAAAUCUAAGUUUAACAUCCCAAAAUGUUUCAUCUUGCCCACAACCUAUCCAAACCCAAUUCAAUCGCAUGCUCAAGAUUCAAUCUUCAACCCCACAACACUUCCAGGCUCCCCAUAUCCCACAUUACCCCACCCAGGAAAGUUACUUCAUUUUCUAAAAACCCUAACAUUCUCAUUCCUAGGUGCACAACACAAGAUACCAUUUCACUUUCCAUCACUACUACUCGUGAGGAUAGAGCAGACGAUGGUAUAUUUACCAAGGAAAAUGAAGUUCUGGUAUUAGAAACCCCAGAAGGAAGUAAAAAGAAUUUCUGGGGUGCUGUCAGUUUGAUUAUUGGCACUGCUGUAGGGCCUGGAAUGCUGGGCUUACCAACCGCAACUAUAAGGUCUGUUUCUUUUACAUCAACCAUUGUCAUCAUCCUUUGUUGGGUUUAUGUAAUCUCCUCUAUCAUUCUUGUUGCUGAGCUUAGUUUUGCUGCUAUGCAAGAAGAUGGAGUUGCAGAGGUAAGCUUUACUGGCCUUGCAACAAAAGCAUUAGGAAGCAAAUUUGGUGCUUUUGUGGCGGUGGUUUAUGCUAGCUUAAGUUUUUCUUUGCUAGUAGCAUGUGUUUCAGGCAUUGGUUCAAUAGUAUCACAGUGGUUUCCAUGGAUGAAUGUUGUGUUGGCUCAUGCUUUGUUUCCUGUUGCUGCUGGGUUUGUAAUUGGGUUCUUCCCUUUUAAGGUCAUUGAUACUGCUAACAGGCUUUUAUGCUUGCUCAUGCUUUUCUCCAUAACUUCACUGGUAGCUAUUGGUUUAUCUGUGGCCAGAACAAAUAUAUUAGCCUCCCUUGUUCCCACCUCGUUGAGUAUUUCAACAAUCUUGCCUGCUAUCCCUGUAACUGUACUUACGUUGGGGUUCCAUGUUAUCACCCCUUUUAUAUGUAAGAUAGCUGGGAAUUCUGUAUCUGAGGCUAGAAAAGCAGUGCUGAUUGGUGGGGCUGUUCCUUUGAUAAUGGUUUUGUCAUGGAAUUUGAUUGUUUUGGGGCUUGCUGGUGCUAACACAGCCACCUCCUCCAAUGACCCAAUCUCUCUCUUGCUCUCUGUCAAUCCUUCUGCUUUAUCUGCUGUCCAGGGCUUUGCUUUUUCGGCUUUGGCAACUAGCUUGAUAGGUUAUGCAGUCAGCUUUCCGAGACAGCUUCUUGAUACCUUGGAGUUGAUAUUCACAAAAACUAAAUCUGAAAAACAGAUUCACAGUCAAUGUCAAAUAUUUGCUAAUGGGGAUAGUGCUGGUAGAAUUGGAUUCGUAACCUUUUCUGGUCGGCAUAAUCUUGGAAAUACAGGGAGGGCUUCAUUUGAUGGAACAAGGUGUUUUGCUGCAUCAGAAGUGAAGCCACCAUCAAGCACGGCCGAGUCUAAUGCAUUCCACCAUAAAUUUGUAAUGAUGCUUGUACUUGGUGUUCCCAUUCUUAUAGGAUCCUUCUUUCGCUCAACCUUUUCAAGAGCUCUUGAUUUUGCUGGAGUUUAUGCAAAUUGCUUCCUGUUUGGCAUACUUCCUCCAGUAAUGGCAUAUGUACAGCAAUCCAGGAAGAAGCUCAGGUCAUCUAUUCUUCCAGGGGGAGAUAUCACUCUCCUACUGCUUUUUAGCAUUGCUGUCAUUUUGGGGAUUUGGCAUUAGACAGUUAGCAGCAGAGCAGUGUCCUUUCCAUAGGUCAAAAUUCCGUAGGUCAGAGUUUACGUGGAUAAUUUUUCCAUAUAGUCCACAUUUAGACUGAAUAAACCUCAUGCCCUUUCCUUUGUGGACUUUGGGAUUUCACAGAGGCAUCUGAACACAUGUUUAGGUCAUAAAAUUUAAGUCAAGUCAUGCGAAUAAAUGCAUGGUAAUUGGAUUUUUUCGUCGUCCCAAAUACUGAUUCAAGAUCUUGUCGAUUAACUAUCAGAUUCUGAUAUAAUCUGUGUAGUUCCGUUUCUUCAUUUA